AAGCGCGAACUUUGAAUUUACUUUGGUUUUAACUUAAAAUUGUUAGUUUAGCUUUAAUAUUAUAGUUAAAUUACUUAACAAACAAUGUAUGCUGUUAGUAUAAUAUCAGUUACGAUUUAUUACGCAGUGUAGGUGGACUGACAGAAGUACCUAACUACCACUUCAAUACAAGAAUUUCAAGUGGUAUUUUUUACAGAGAAACACGAGACUUAGAGGUAGUUCGCCACAUCUAUGUUUACACUUCUUAAGCCAGAACAUUUGGCCCUAAUAUUUUGUCAAAAAGUUGUUUAAAUAUAUAUUAUUUUAUGAAACUUUUGUCUGGCACAGAAUGCACAAUGUACCUAUUUUUUAUUAAUACACUGCACUUACCUGCUACACGCAUUCCAUUUUAAUUACUUCACUAAAUACACUGCACCACAUUACGCGCUUUUUUGUUUACGCACAUACGGCUUAUAAAAUUAGCACCACUUCUAUAGACAUCCACUAUAAAUUAAACAAAGGAUCCUUUUGUUUCCAAAUGAAGCGUCGUCUUUGUUUACGCGUACUUACUAUUUAUUUCACUAUCGUUUUUCAUAAAAUCGAAAAGUAUUAUUUAUCAAACAUCACUACAAGCUUCCAGAAAUUAUUUAUUUACCAAUACUAAUACUAAUUUAUUAAUUUUUAAUCAAUUAUAAGUAAAAUACGUGAAAACGAUUCAGUUCCAGCCACAAUAUAAGUAACUUUAUUUGGUCGGCUCAGUUUGACAGCUUAAUGAAUCAGUUUAGGUUACAAGAUGACUUCAUAGUACGAGAAGGCGUAUGAAUGGAUUCCGUUAGCGACUCAGUUUAGGUUAUUUUUCGCUUCAGCGUCAAUUGGUCGGAUAUAGGACUUCGUGGUACGAAAAAUCGAAGCAAGUUUAGGUCUGCAGUUGAGUCGCUAUUAUAGUUGAUGGUAGGUAUGCAGCAGGCCUACUAUCAACUUUAACCUAGCGAUCCAAUUCCGACGCUAUUCAACUUCAGUGCCUAUACUGAAUCGCUUUCAUUUCGUACCAUGACAUCUCCGAAACUGAAUCGCAUUUGAAUCGUGUAUCGUGAAUGAAUGAUCGAGGUUUGUCUAUGAUCUGCAGUUGGGUCGAAAUGCGCGCGAAAGAGACAACGCUAUAUAAGUCUUGCAUAAGUUUGUCUCUUUCUCUCGAAAACUAUGCGCUGCGUUCCGAACGUAGUAAAUUAUAUCGACGGCAAGAUGUAGCUUGUUUAGUUUUAAGUUAAAUGAGUAAUAAUAGCAGUAAGAAGCGUAAAAAUACAAAAUAUAUCAAUUUUAUUAUAGUAGAGUUUAGUUAAUAGGACUUUUUGUAUAUAAUUAAAAUAUUUUGAGUGAUGUUAUUCGGACAAAAUGUAUGCAACUUAUGAACACAUCUUGUUAAACGUCAUCUUUGUUAACUGACAUUGACAAUUGACAGAUUUUUAGAUCGGAGGCAUCAGAUAUCAGACAGGCGCGAAAUUUGUAUUUGUAAUUAAUUUUAAAAAGUUAGUUAAACAUAUUUUUUAAAUUUAUUUAAAAACAGUGUAUGGUGUAGUGUUUAUAUAGUGAUAGCAAGUAAAUUGAUAUUAUGGCAGAAACAUCGAGACGCCGAGUUAGCUACGGUCAGCUAGAGCAGUUAUGGGAAUUUUUAAAUGCCAACAAAGGUAUAGCUACAGGCUAUAAUAAAACGUCCCAAGCUAGAGAUUUUUCAAAAAGGAUGUGGGAGAAUAUAGCCCAAAAUUUGAAUUCGCAUGGAGAUGGCGCUAUAAAAGAUUGGAAAGGAUGGAGUAAAUACUGGAACGACUACAAGUCUAAAUUGAAAAAGUUGGCUGUAGCUGCUAGAGCAUCACACCAGCAGACAGGCGGAGGGGCUCCUUUGAAUCGCGCUUUAACUGAAAUAGAGAAUAAGUUUCUCUAUAUCUUAGGAGAAGAUUUUGGCUCUGGCCUGCCAGGAACAAGGGUAGAGCCAUUGGAAACAUUAAAUGAAACUACAAACUUUAUUAAUUCAGAAGCAACUAAUUCAGUAGUUUCUGAAAGCAUAUUGGACUUGCCGAUGGUGAUAUUGGAAGAAGAGCCUGGACCUGGACCAUCAUCAUCAAGAUUAUCACCUCCUCAACCUGAAUCACAUCCUUUACCAACGUCACCUCCAUUACCUACAACUCCCCCCAGGGCUGUAACUCCUAGACCAGUUCCCAUUAGCACUCCUAGACGCUCACCACGUCGCCGCAGACGCCGCGUGACCCCAUUGACGCAAGAUGCGGCUCGGAGAGAGCUUAUUAGGAUAUCCGACAGAAGGGCAGAAAUAGAAGAAGCCAACAGAGAUACUUUGAUAAAACUUUUAGAAGAAAUAAGAGGAAUAAAAGAAAUGCUUUUGUCAAGGUAUGUCGAGCGUCCCAGAGAUGAAGUAUAAGGUUAUUUCUGCAGUUAACACCGAACUGUAGACCUUGGUUAUUGUUAACAGUGUGUUCAUUGUUAGUUGAACUUAACUGCAUUUGGGCCUGUUGCAGCACAUCUUCGU